AUGCGUAUUCACCUCCGUGGUUUUGCCAUCCUCGGCCUCGCGGUCGAAGCUGCCAUCGCACGACCACCAGGUCCUCCAGAUACCCCUCGUUCUCCGGGGCCUCCUCUUCCCCCCGGUCCUCCGGGUCCCCCUGGGCCACCUGUACCGCCGGACUCAGACCAUCUCCCUCCCUUUAGCACCUUCAGCAACCGUGUUAUUUACACACCACCCAAGGGUGGUCGGGCGGUGUACCCGCGUGUCGCUGAGCUCAGUGACGGCACUCUCCUGGUGACCGCGAGUGUCAGCGGCGUUGUCGGGCCCGACAACCUCCCGGCGUUCCCCAUCUUUGAGAGCAAAGAUGGCGGCGUCACCUACCAGUGGAUCUCGAAUCUCACCGACCAGGUCAACGGCUGGGGCAUGAGCGCGCAGCCCGCCCUGCUCGAGCUGCGACAGCCCCUUGGGGGCUUCAAGCCCGGCACCGUCCUGGCGUCGGGAAACAGCUGGAGCGACAAGGGAACCCGUAUCGACCUGUACGCAAGCACAGACAAGGGGCGGACCUGGGAGUUUGUGAGCCAUGCUGCCGAGGGCGGCCGUCCCAACACCACCAAUGGCGCCACGCCCGUGUGGGAGCCGUUCCUCCUCACUUACGACGACGAGCUCAUCGUCUACUACUCCGACCAGCGCGAUCCUAGGCAUGGCCAGAAGCUCGCCCACCAGACAUCCCGUGAUCUCAAGCACUGGGGCCCCGUUGUCAACGACGUCGCCUAUGACGAAUACCUCGCCCGGCCCGGCAUGACUGUCGUCGCGUACAUCCCGCCCAUCAAGAAGUGGAUUCUUGUGUAUGAACGGCCGAUCGGCAACUCGAGCUCCCACGGGGUGAACUAUCCUGUUCACUACCGCCUCGCCGAUGACCCGAGGAAGUUUGACGCGGCCCAGCCGAUCCCCAUUGUCAUCGAGACCAGGGAGGGGACGACCGUGGCGCCAAAUGCAUCGCCCUAUGUUGUCUGGUCCCCCGUGGGAGGACCCAAGGGCACGAUCAUCGUGUCAGAUGCGGACCGGAGCUGGCUCUACCUCAACACCGCCGGAGGCGACCCGGAUAAGUGGCAGAUCAGGGAGUGCGGUCAACCAGAGGCAUACAGCCGCGCACUCCACGUUUUCGAGAAACGGCCGGAUCGCCUGAUGGUGUUGGGAGGGGAUACCUUUGACGGAAACGGUGUCGGCGCGCUGACAGACAGCGUUCUCGACAUGAACAAGUUUCUGCAAGGCGGCUAUUCUGCACCUGGCCAGUCACCCUAA